AUGUCUACCGCAGAAGAGCAGGAGCUGCUUGCGCAGAUCAGCCGACUUGAGGGCCGCAUCAAUCGUCACAAAGCCGCCCAGCAGGGGCCGCGCCAUUCAGAUCCUCCAGCUCCCCACUAUCCCUCGCGCGGAUCCUACCGUACGGCACCCUACCCUCGUGGUGGCUACCGCGGCCAUCGCGCCCAUGCCCCGACCUACCGCAACAAGACUCUGGUCCUGAACGGCCAGUCGCGACCAACCACUGGUGGUGACUCGGCUGCCAGCAGCGAUUCGAACUCGUCUUGGGUCACGCGAACAGACCGUCACUUGCAGCUCAUCAACACCAUGGUCUUCGAGAAGGAUACACAGGCCCGCGCCAGCGCCAUCGAGCAGACGCAACGGCAGAAGCGCCUGAAGAAAGAGCAGAUGGAGAAGGCCCGUUUCCUGAGCUUCGUGCAGAAGAACGGGGACAAUGUGCCCUCCGCCCCCUCUAACUCUGUUGCAGCAGCCUCCAAGUACGAGAUCACAGUCGACGGCAUACGUUUUCAGGUAACGAGACAAGGCAGCAAGCUUGUCCGAGUACCCGGUGACACCAACGUGUCCUCCACAACCCCGAGGGUCGCGUCCGUCGGUGGUGUCAAGUUCUACCGCACCAAGAACGGGAAUCUAGUCAGACACGGCAUCGCGAAGGCUCAGAGGAUGGCUGGUGGAAUCAAGAAGGUUGACGUGCCGUGCAAGGCCUUCUCAUGGACUGGUAUUGUCUUCUCCAUAACAUCACUACGAAACCGCUUGUUCUAUCAACGACUUGAUGGCGUGGUUCUUGCCACAAAGGGCCGCAAUGCCGCUUCAUACAUGACCCUGCCAAGGUGGCCAUAUGUCGUGACUGGCUGUUCAAGAACGAUUGCUCCAAUGGCGACGCCUGUGACCUCUCACACGAGCCAACUGAAGAGCGGGCGCCCCUUUGCCUGCACUUUGCCAAUGGCAAAUGCAACAACGAAUCCUGUCCAUUUUGGUCUCUACGGCUACUGCGAGCGAGGAGCGAAAUGCCCCGAUCGCCAUGUAUUCGAGUGUCCUGAUUUCAGCAACACUGGCGUAUGUAAAACUGAGGGUUGCAAACUCCUCCAUCGAGAGCGGGCAAGUCUUUUGCGCAGCAAAGCUGGCACCGAUCAGGAGAUGGCCGACCUCUCAAGCGAUGAGGAGGACGGUGCUCCUGAUGACAUAGACUCCGAUGAAGUGGAAGAGUUCAUUGGGAACGAAGACGCCGAAAGCUUGGAUUUCUCCAAGGACUACAUCGGUUUCUAA